AUUCAUUAAAUCUCAGUAUUUUUGCACAUUUAUGACAUAGAACAAUAUAAAAAUGAACUAUGUUUGAAUGUCAGAAUGGCAUUACUUUGUAUAGUAACAUUUACUGUCCUGUGAUUGAACAUAUCUUCAAUGACUUUGGUGAUUCCCUGAGUGGGCUGAGUACCCUGAGAAGAGGUUUAAAUGUUUACUAUUUUGUAACAUAUCUCAGCACAGUUCACCAAACUGAGCACAGGAAACAGGAACCAGUCUACAAGCUGCAUCAAACACAGCAUUAGUCUGAACUGGUUUGUUGUUCCGCCCACUGACAGUGAACUGACACAGUGAGGCUUGACUUGACACAAAAGACACUCAGCUUCUUUGGAAACAGCUUUUCUAAAACUAGAUAGUUGCAUUAGGUUCUAAAACUAUUUAAAAUACUUUUACUAGCAAAGAGACACCCCUGCUCACUGCUGUUACAGUCUUCAGUAUACAUCAAGACGACAUGGAGAUCAGCGCUCUCUGCAUCAGACUGUUGAUGACCAUCAUGAUUCUGUUGAUGGUACAGGAUCAGAAAGUUGAUGCAGUUUCUCUUCGUAUCGUUCCAAACAGAUUGCAGUUCUCUGAAUAUGAAUCAGUGACAUUUCACUGUGAAGGAGUCGAUUAUUGUGAAGUUGUGCAUAGAAUUAAAGGGAAAGUAGAAUCAUGUAGUAAAACUAAUAAGAGGACACCAACAGGAUCAUCCUGCUCCAUUCAAAUUGUUUACACAUACAACAGUGGAGAGUACUGGCAUGAGACUGAAGGAGGAACAAGAAGCAACAGCAUCAACCUCUCUGUCACUGCUGGUCCUGUGAUCCUGGAGAGUCCUGCUGUUCCUGUGUUAAUGGAAGAAACUGUGACUCUGAGCUGCAGGAACAAAAUUGCAUCCUCCAACUUCACAGCUGAUUUCUACAAAAAUGGAUUUUUCACCCACAGAAGCUCCACAGGAAACAUGACCAUCCAGAGAGUUUCCAAGUCAGAUGAAGGACUUUAUAAGUGUAGCAUCUCAGGCGUUGGAGAAUCACCAGAGAGCUGGCUGAACGUCACAGCAUAUUUGAAAUACUGA